UCUCACAAAGCAGAAAAGAAAGCGAAAGCACAGCAGCUCAGACACCUGAUCGCGGCCGAGAGAACGGGAAAAACGACACGAGCUCAAGAUGAGUAAUAGCACAUCAGUGGACUUCUAUGGCUGGGAAGUUUCAUACGAUGACGAUCAGCAUCUGACCGCUGAACAGGAGCCCACGGCUGGACGGCUCUACACAAUGUACCAUGGCACCUCUGUCAAUAAUGCAAGACACAUCAUCAGAAAUGGGUUUAAUCAGUCCAGGGAUGGCAUGCUUGGCCCUGGUGUCUACAUAAGCCGUGACCAGAAGAAAGCUGACAGAUAUCCUAUUAAUAAUCCACCAACUGACAGAGUGUCCCUAAAGCUGAAGGUUGAUGUGGGGAAAGUAAAAAAAAUCGACACUGAUAACAACGCAAUGCAGAAAACCUGGCACAGCAAUGGCUACGAUACUGCCUGGGUACCACCAAAUUGCGGUAUGAGAGCAGUACCUAGUGGUCUGGAGGAGGAUUGUGUUUGGGACCCUAAAAGGAUUGAGGUUAUAGACAUUGCCCGUGCUCCCAAUGAUGCCAUAAAGAAUGAGCUGCAAGCCUUAAUCACCCAGACACAGAGCCUCAAGAAUACUACAUCACAACAAAAGAGUGCCAACUGCCAGUUUUGCAAAACCAAGGUUUCCUUGCCCCACCAAAUGGUCACGUGCUGGGGCUGUGGAGAAAACAUCUGCUUUUUCAUGGCCAAACACAGCUGCUUUUGACAACAGCAACAUUUACUUAUAUAGCACAUUUUCAUACGAAUAAUGUAGCUCAAAGUCCUUUACAUGAUAAAGAAA